GACAGACAGACAGACAGACAGACAGAUCGUAGUAGUAGGAGUUUAUUUUGAAAAGUGUAACCGGAAGCUUGACACUUCUCCAGUUCACUUUACAGUGGUCCAGCCUAACAGGAGGAGUAAGAGGCGACACAGAUAGGCGACCCACGGACAAUAUUUGGACAUUACUGAAGUUCUUCGGGACCACCCAGUCACCGUUUGGACCUUUUUAUUUUACCAUGACACAUUAAAAGUGAGGCUGGCCCUGGAGGACUUAAGGGCAUGGACACCCACGUUAAGGAGGGACAGCUUUAUGUGCAGCAUCAGAAGUUUGGAAAGAAAUGGAAGAAAAAUUGGUUUGUCCUCUACCCUGCCAGCCAGAACGGCAUCGCCCGCCUCGAGUUCUAUGACUCGCCCUCAGGAGGAAGUGGUGGGGCCAGCGGAGGCUCAGGAAGUGGGUCCAAUGAGAAAACCAGGAAGCUUGACAAGAAGAUCAUCCGCUUGUCUGAAUGCAUUUCCAUCCUGCCGGCCCUGAUGGAGAACUGUCCCAAAGAAAACAUGUCAGCGUUCUGUGUGGAAACCAAUGACAAGACGCAUGUGUUUGCUGCAGAGAAGAACGCCGCCCAGGAAUGGAUGGAUACCAUGUGUGACAUUGCGUUUCAGGGAGGAGGUGGCAGUAGCGACAGUACUGCUGCAGACUCUAAUGGUGGACCCAAGGACCUGCAGAUGGCUGAAAACCUCAUCUACUACUCCAGAGAGGAGGUUAACGAGUUUUGGGUGAGCGUUCAACGUACUGAUGCUUCAGAGCGCUGCGGGCUGACGGGCAGCUACUGGCUGAAAGCAGAAAAUGACGUCUUAAUCUUAAAGGAUCCAAAGACCAAAAGGAGCAUCCUGGUGUGGCCUUAUAAGCUGCUGAGGAGAUAUGGGCGAGACCGGGUAAUGUUUUCAUUCGAGGCAGGCAGACGCUGUGACUCAGGCCCUGGUAACUUCACUUUUGAGACAAAGCAAGGCAACGAGAUCUUUCUGCUUGUGGAUCAGGCCAUCCAGUCCCAGAAGGCAAUGGCAGAGGAGCGCCACCUCAGCUGCCCCAUCAACUUUGACCCUGACUGCCCUGCCUCACUGCAGCACAUUCGCAAUGCUGUUCCCAGUGGCAUGGUGGCGACGGGAAGUGGAGAUAGCAGCAGCUGCAGCAGUCGGGAGGCAGACGGGGAUUCAGGAGGUAGCAAACCAGGCUCAGCUGAUGGCGUGCUUGGGAAGAGAGAAGGUGGAGAUGGAGGAGGAGGGAGGGGGCAAGGAACAUUGGCACACAAAGGGAGGUGUUUGCCAGAACCACCAGCCAUUUUGAGUCACUUAGGAGGAGGGGGAACUCCUCCUAAGUCUCCCAGGGUGCAGGCUACCACUAAAGGUCUUUCUCCACCUGAUGGACAUGCAGGUCUUUACUCCGAGCCAGCAGAUUCAGUCCGUCUUCCUCCGCCUAGUGCUGACUGCCUCUACUCUGACCCAGUGGACAGCAUCAAGGGUCAAAGCAAACCCAGCAACCCAUCUCACCAUCCAGUGCCCACCCCACGCCUUCGUCCAGUUGGAGACGAGGCUUCAGGUGGUGGUAUCCAAGGGGAACAACACCAUGAUGGCAGCAACCAUAGAAUGCAACCAGACCUGUAUUCACAUGUCUAUGAUCACAUCAGCCUGGAGCUGAGCCAAAAAACAAGUGCAAUGAGUCUAAACGGGGCAACAGGAGGAGGAAGAGGGGUGAAUAGCAACAGGCGACCCCCAGGAGGUCAAGCAGAAGGUGCUUCCUCAACUUCUGCUCCUCUUCAGGAACACAUAUAUGAUGAACCAGAGGGUUGCGCCAAAGCAGGUGCCGCUAUCUUAGUCAGUUCUGUAGUCAGUACAUAUGAGGAGGCCCAACCCAACAUCCAGAGAAGACAGGAAGAGGUGCUGGAAGCAAAUUACAACACCCCUUCCCAUGGAAAAGUGUUGGAGCCUCACAGGGACUCUCCAAUGCAGCUAGGCCGGAGCCGCGGCACACCGCAACCUCCAGCUCCAAGGUGGCCCAAACCUGUCACUGCCCCGAAACCAAGCAGGAGCCCUUUUGGGCGGAAGGAGCCAGUGCCACUCCCUCCUGGUAAACAUGGGGGACCUGGCAGUAAUGUGAACAACAACAACAAUAUUUGGGGAGGAGAAGAAGGAGAAGGGGGACGAGGAGGAAGGGAGCUGUACAGCAAAGUCUCCAAGCAGAAAAGUCAAGCUGCUAACUCGUGGUACAGCCAGCAAAACACUCCCUUGUUAAGAUCGCCUGAUAUAAUCUAUGACAAUCUGGGAGAUGUUUGAAAUCCUUUUCUAAACCAGAAGUGAUUCAAUUGUGAAAAAAGGAGAUGAUGCUAAUGCAGAUAAUACGAGGCUGUGGGCAAAGUUUUGGUCGUUGAUUUUAAUCUUGCGUUUUUGUAAGGUCUUAGCCUAUUUCUUCAGUCCAUGGAAAAAUUAUCUGAGGCAGUACAUUCAUUUGGAUUAGACUCGCUCUGGACCAUGAGGUGACCACAAUAUGCAAGCUUUUGAAACACAGAGCACAACUAUGAAAGGGCCACCCUCUGUGGUGUCUAUGUUUGAGAAAAAGUGAGUGUUUGCAUGGUCAAACCCAUAAUUGGAGUACCAAUCCACAGUGUGGUUAGAACCAGCCACUUCACUUGGACACACACUAGCACACAGACACACACAGGUUUGCCAAGAGGAGCUCAGCUGACAGGCCUCAGUUUAACAAGCUGUGAGAGCGGCUUGGCACUUCUUUUACUAAAUGUGGGCCAUGAGUAUGAAGGGACUGUGAAACAUGUUUUUGCACUGCUGCAUUUGUGUUUCAGUUUUGGACAAUGUGACUGCAGGGAUUUGUUGUUAAACUGGUUUGAAGAAUCCAAAAGGAGCUUUGUUUUCUGUUAGUGCUGUUAGUGCUGCCUGCCUGCCUUGUUAUCCUGAACCCUAGUACAACUUGGAGGUUUAAUAAUCAUUACCCCAGGAUAUCAACAUGCAAUGUGGUUGUAUCUUAGGAUCCACUGAAUACUUGUUUUGGAAGAAGGGGGCAUAAGUACUCCAUGUGGGUCAUCAAGGGGUCUAAAGGUCAGAUGUGUCCUAUGUUGCUAUUAAAUUACAAAGGCAACUUUCUGCAAAAGUUAAUAUUUAACAAAAGUAUGUAUGGACAAACUAAUUAUGAAACUAAUUGAUUCCCUGUAAUGUCUCAUUAUGUAUAUGUAUGUUUUCAAAACAGCUGUGCUGUGUGUAAAUAUGACUAAUAAUAAACAUUCCUUCAAAGACUUUAAA